AUGAUCCGGCUGGAGGAAGUGAGCGUGCCACCCCUGGCCCCGCCCCCUGCACCGGCCCCGCCCCCUACAUGUGAUUGGCAGCAGAAAAUGAAAGUGGGUUCUCUGGGGAAACGGCCGACUUCAGACGCCACCAGGAGCUACAGCUUCACCCGGAGCGAUGGCCGGCAUUGCGUCACCUGGAGACGAUACGAUGGCUCUUUCUAUGUUACCAUGGAAACUGAAGAGCCGGCGGAGCCGCUGCUCGCCGCCGUCAGGGGCGGAGCCUCGGGCCGGCUGAGGCAGUUGAUGACGAUGAUGAAGAUGACGGGAGGCGACGUGAUGAAGACAAACUGCCUGGGAUGGACGCUGCUACAUGAAGCGGCCGCCGGCGGGCAGGCGGAGUGUGUCGACGUCUUAGUGGAAGGUGAACGGGGUGGGGUGGUGGUGGUUGGGGGGCAGUGUCUCACCUGGGAGACAGCUGAGCCACAGAUGAUUGACAGGAGGACGCUGAAGGGUCAGACUCCUCUCCUACUGGCCGUCCUGGCCGAUCAUCCCUCCUGCGUUCGCCGCUUGCUCCGCCGCGGAGCUGACCCCAACAUCCCCGACCGGGACGGGGAGACACCCCUCCACAAGGCCUGUGAAGCAGAGAGCCCGGAGCUCGUGUCCAUGCUGCUGGGUUUCGGAGCGGCGGUGCAGCGGCGAUGCCUUCAGGCCUGGACCGCUCUUCAUGAAGCCGCCAGUCGUGACCAGCGGCAGAUCUGCCGGCUGCUGCUGGGAGCCGGAGCCGACGUCGACGCCGCCAACAUCUACGGCAUCACGCCUCUGUUUGUGGCGGCACAGAGCGGACACCACAAGGCUCUCAGCUUCCUCCUCAGCAAUGGAGCUGAUAUCAACCGGCAGGCUGCUGAUGGAGCCACGCCCCUCUAUGAAGCCUGUAAGAAUGGCCACGACAGCAUGGUGGCGCUGCUGCUGUCACACCAAGCGGACGCCAACAAAGCCACAACGUCUGGAUUCCUGCCCAUCCACAUCGCCGCUCAGAGGGGGCAUGAUGGCAUUGUGGGUGUGUUGCUGUCCGUCACCAGCAGGUUGUUGGUUCGUCGUCUGGGUGUCAGUCCUCUUCAUGUCGCUGCAGAACACGACCAGGUAGAAACUCUGCAGGUUUUGAUCCGGGCGGGCUUCGAUGUCAACACGCCGCUGUCGGCCGAACGCUCCGCCCUGUACCGCGACGGCCGCCGCAGCGCGCUCUUCUUCUCUGUCGUCAAUAACAGCUGUGAGGCAGCCAGCGCCCUCCUGCGGGCCGGGGCCGACCCCGGCCUCGACCCCGUCAGCCCCCUGCUGGUCGCGGCCGGGCGGGGCGCCGCCGCCAUGGUGCGUCUGUUAGCGGAGCACGGCGCCGACGUGAACGCUGACACCCCCGGACGUCCCACCGCCUUCCCCCCCCUGCUGCUGCUCUGCAUGAAGAACACCUCCAUGCUGAGGCUCCUGCUGGACCGCGGCUGUGACGCCGCCGCCUGUUUCCAGUGUGAGCACAGAGCCGACACCCACCUUGCCGCCAAACACCUGAGCCCAGACCAGCCAGGAAUACAGUUCUGUGACGUUCUCUCCAGUCUGGCGCCGGGUGGCUGUGCAGAACCCGUCCUCCGUGUUCUCUUGGACUACGUGGAGAAUGUGCGGCUGUGCUCCAGACUGACGGAGCUGCUGGACGCUCAGGGCUGGACGCACAUCAAGGACAGAGCCAAGGCUCCUCGCAGUCUGAAGCAUCUGUCCAGACUUCAGAUUCGACGGCAGCUCGGUGUCCGACGCCUCAGCCUCAUGGAGACUCUGCCUCUGCCACGCUGCCUCGUCACCUACCUGAACCACCUGGAGCACCUGGACUGACACCUCGUCAGCUACCUGGACCACCUGGAGCACCUGGACUGACACCUCGUCAGCUACCUGGACCACCUGGAGCACCUGGACUGACACCUCGUCACCUACCUGGACCACCUGGACCACCUGGACCACCUGGACUGACACCUCAUCACCUACCUGGACCACCUGGUCCACCUGGAACACCUGGACUGACACCUCGUCACCUACCUGGACCACCUGGACCACCUGGAGCACCUGGACUGACACCUCGUCACCUACCUGGACCACCUGGACCACCUGGAGCACCUGGACUGACACCUCGUCACCUACCUGGACCACCUGGUCCACCUGGAACACUUCACUGACCCAAGUUCAAGAAAAUGUAUUCUUCAACCCCCUGGAUUCUUCAUGCAUUCAUCAGUCGUAGUAUCACUUUAGUUUAAAUGUAUUAUUAUUAUUAUUAUUAUUGUUGUUGUUGUUGUUGUUGUUGUUAUCAUUAUUAUUAUUAUUUGUAGUCGUAGUAGUAGUCGUAGUAGUAGUAGUAGUCAUAGCAGCAGCAGCAGCAGUAUUAGUCGUAUUAUAGUGUGUUAAUGGAAAAAAGUUUUUCCAAGUUGUGCUAACUUGUUGCUUUUCCUCUUUUAGUGAAAAAGAGUGAAACUCUUUUAGAAGUAAUAGAGUAAGUAUUUUGUAAUGAUGGUAUAAUUAUAGCAAAGCUAAAUUCUGGGGAAUUAACAAUUUUGCAAUAAUGAGGAACUUGUUGAAUGGUUAUGGUGUAAAUACAGUUUUUAUUAUU